AUGGCUGCCAGGGCUCCAAGCGCAGCCAUUGCCCUUCUCCGCUCAUCAACCAUUCCGCAUUUUCUCUCCGCGCGAUCUUCUCUUGCAGCAGCCCAGCGCUCUCAUCCUCUCGGGGUGUUUAAUCCCCUGCGUCGUCCCUCUUCUCAUGCGUAUCCACUCCCAUCGCACAACCUCUUUCUUUUCCGUGCUAGUGCUGUUUUGCGCGCGAUGGGGAGCGUAGCGACGGAGAAUGGAGCGGCGGGUGCGGCGGAGGAGCAGAUGGAUGCGGUGCAGCAGCGACUCAUGUUUGACGACGAGUGCAUUCUCGUAGAUGAAAACGACAAAGUGGUGGGUCACGCGAAUAAGUACACUUGCCACAUUAUGGAGAACAUCAAUAAAGGCACAGCACGCCACCGUGCCUUCAGCGUCUUCCUUUUCGACUCUCAGCAUCGCCUGUUGCUCCAGCAACGUGCAGCGUGCAAGGUGACGUUCCCCCUGGUUUGGACCAACACGUGCUGCAGCCACCCGCUGUACCGUCCAGAGGAGAUGGAGGAGGCGAACGCGCAGGGAGUGCGAGUGGCGGCGCGGCGCAAGCUGGAAGACGAACUGGGGAUCGACCCGGACACGGUGGAUGUCUCGGCCUUCACGUGCCUGGGCCGCAUGCACUACAAGGCCCCUUCUGACGGGAAAUGGGGCGAGCAUGAGAUUGACUACCUCCUAGUACUCAAGGCUGACUUGAAGGCCACUCCAAACCCUAACGAGGUGGCUGCUGUAAGGUUCGUCGAUCGAGAGGAGUUGAAGGAGCUGGUGCGCAAGGCUGACAAUAAGGAGGAUGGAGUGGUGCUGUCGCCAUGGUUCCGUCUUGUAGUGGACCGGUUCCUGCCUGCCUGGUGGGACCAUCUAGAUGCGGGCACACUUGAGGAGGUGGUUGAUAUGGAGAAGAUCCAUCACUUGUAA